UUCUCGUUCACAUUUGCGGUUUGGCUUUGAUUUCGAUUCAAAGCCUACCGUCUGGUUCUGGGAUCGCCUCUUGUUCUUUCCUUUUUAGAAUCGUGAUAGGAUGGCGGUUGCAAUCGGAUCGGAUCGGAUCUGCGAGUGAAUUGAAAACCUAUGGCGGAGGAUAAGUACAAUCUGAAGAACCCUGCGGUGAAGAGGAUCCUUCAGGAGGUCAAGGAGUUGCAGUCGAAUCCUUCCGAUGAUUUCACGAGUCUUCCUCUUGAGGAGAAUAUAUUUGAAUGGCAAUUUGCCAUCCGUGGACCGGAUGAUAGUGAAUUUGAGGGUGGGAUAUAUCAUGGACGUAUACAAUUGCCAGCAGAAUAUCCAUUCAAGCCACCUUCAUUCAUGUUGCUAACCCCAAAUGGGCGCUUUGAAACCCAAACGAAGAUUUGCUUGAGCAUAUCAAAUCACCAUCCAGAGCAUUGGCAACCGUCGUGGAGUGUGCGCACUGCCUUGGUUGCAUUAAUUGCUUUCAUGCCCACAAACCCAAAUGGCGCUCUUGGUUCCCUGGACUACAAGAAGAAAGAGCGACGAGAAUUGGCCAUCAAAUCUCGAGAAGCGCCCCCCAGAUUCGGUACUCCCGAACGUCAAAAGCUAAUUAACGAGAUUCAUGAAUAUCUGCUGAGUAAGGCGCCGCCUGUCCCUCGGCCGGGUUCUUCAGAUGCCUCUGAGGAGAAACCCGCCAAUGUCCAGGUAACUUCUGGAGCUGCUGUGGUAGAGAUUCCGAAUCCACCCGCAAUCGACAUGAUUGUUGAGGAAGCAGUACCAGAGGGAUUAUCUGUGAAUGUCAAUCUCCAGCCUGAAGCAGCAAGAGUGGCAAGAGAGGUGCCAUCGAGUCGCCCCACCGCUAAGGUGCAGCAGAGGCCGGAGACGAGAGUUCAUAGGCCAGCGGAUGACUGGUUGUUCAAAUGGGCUGCCAUCGGGCUCACUCUCGCAAUUGUCGUUCUUUUGCUGAAGAAGUUCAUGAAGGCAAGCGCUCAUGGUUCUGUGUUCAUGGAUGAAUCUUAGAUUACUGAUAUUUUUUGUCGGUUGAUAGCUUUGCUCUGAGGCACAAUGGUCGUAUGUGUGUGAAUAUUUUAAGGGUAAAUUUAAAUGUCUUAUAAUUCAA